CGAAAUUGAGGAACCUUUUAGACUUGGUUUUCAGAUGGAAUCUCUUCACUCUGGCUCUAUCUCAUUUGGACGGUUUGAAGCCGAAUCCCUGAGUUGGGAAAGGAGGUCGUCCUUCUCACAUAAUAGGUAUCUUGAAGAGGUUGAGAAAUACUCAAAACCUGGUUCAGUUACCGAGAUGAAAGCAUAUUUUGAGGCUCACUUUAAGAAGAAGGCCCUUCUGAGCCAGAGUUCAUCCGAGUGUCAAAAUGGGACAGAAUACCAAACUAGUGAAAAUGACAUUUCAGAAAACAUGCAUAAUGGGGAUGAAUUUGGGCAUCUUAAUCGGUGUAGCCAUUCUGCACACUUUGACGAGAGUCUUGCUCACUUGGAAUAUGGCAGAGAGUAUGAAAAAGCAAACUAUGAAGGGGGAAGGGGAGUUCUAUAUUCUGAACCUCAGGUUGAAGCUGGUAUCUGUGGUGCUGAUGUUGCGGACACAGUUUCUGUACAUGUCAUUGAAGUUGCACAACAAAAUGAAACUGGAAAUUUCCUUUUAAGCAAUACUGAACAAGAAAAAGAAGUAAAAGAGAGUCCUGAUGGUGAAGAACUACAUGUAAAUAUGACAUGUAAAGCCAUUUUUCCGCCCCUUAAUAGUCACACAAGUGAUAAAGAAGAAACUGCUUGCUUGGGACAUGAACAAAAUCCUUCUCUCAAGGUUAAGAAUUCUUCGGAAACCAAAGCUACACAAACCAGAUUGAAGUCUCAGGUCAUUGUUGAACAGGUUCAGAGAAACAUAUCAAGUGAAGCAUCUACCAAGGUUGCUGGAAGACCUGAUAGAAAUGAAAGAGGAGGUUCAUUAAGAACAAAAACAGAAAAGCAAUUAGCCCAAACUGCUGCACCAAACACACGUUCAAUGCGCAAAACUUCAAAACCAGAGGAGUGUAAUAGUACAAAGGCAAAAUUAACUCGUGAGAACAAAAGCUCUAGAAUUGCAUCAACGGCACAAAAAGGCAGUCAAAUGCAGUCUUCUGCAAGUGAGAAGAUCGUUCCAGGAGCAUGUCAAACUUCCAGCAGGCCCAAGCAGACUGUAAGUUCAACUAAGACAGCAGUGAAGCAGAGUGUUCCAGUUUUCAACUUUAAGAGCAAUGGACAAGCUGAGAGGAGGAAAGAGGCAUGGCAGCAUCCUGUUCCUUCAAUGUUCGCUUUGAAGUUGGAAGAAAAAAUGCACACUAAGGAGUCUCAGAUGAAUCAAGUCCAAGCAAAAACAUUGGAAGAAAGAGAAGCUGAGGUUAAACAAGUCCGCAGAAGCCUUAAUUUUAAAGCAACACCUAUGCCUUCUUUCUAUCGUGAAGCUGUACAUGGAUCAGAUAAGAACAAGACUGGAUCAUGUAACACCAAAUCACUCAGAGCACGAUGCAAGGCUUCAAGUUCAAGUGCUGGAGCGAUCACAAGGAUGUCCGAUUGCAGUGCACCUGUGCCUUUCAUUGGUGGUGCUAGCACUUCAACUCGAGCAACCCACAAAAAACAUCCUCCAUACGCAGAAAUUAAUACUGGGAUAGUUGGGAAGAAAGAGCUGGAAAAGGCAAAGAAAACGAUGCUACCAAAACAUAGAGUACCAGAUUGCAGCAAGGUCACAAAAAGCCACAGUGGUGUGGGGAAUAAGAAAGUGGGAACUGGGAUACGUAGCAACGACAUGGUGAGGAAGGAUAUGAAAACCACUGGCAUGGAAUGUUCAGGAAUGGGUAAUGUAGCAGUUGGUGUUGCCUCCUGAACAAUGAAACAAGUAUUUCCCUGGUCCACCUAUUCACAUUCUCCUGUAGACUAAACAUAGCAUCAGAAGACGGUGUUACCAAAAUGAAGUUGAAGAGAAGCACAACACAGAUCUUACGAUGCCAGGUCCGUGUCAUAUGCUUUCAUUAAUUGUGGGGUAGUGGUAUUUAUGAGGACAAAUUACUGCAAUUGUCCAUGAAGUUAGCAAACUCCCUUAUGCUAUGCAGCUUGUAAUAUAUUAUGUUCUCAGGUAGAAAAUAAGAAUGAAUCGGUCUCGAGGACCUCUUGCAAUUGUAAAUCUUUCAAUCAUAUCUAUGUAACGGUAUUGACAAAUAAAACAUCACUAAGUUAAUUAUCAGGCCAACAUGAUAUCGUAUCUUUCG